ACAGAGAUCCAGACAACACCAGAGAGAAUUAAAUUAUUUUAUGAAAUUUUCAAACUAACCCAAGUCACGAUUAACAUAUGCCUCAAGGGCACGCUGAGGGCUUUAGAAGCCUGAAACACAUCUGUGGCAACAGCACAGCUGUAUUUGAGCUAUCUGAGCGUGUGUCUUUUGAGAGAGAGCGAUUCAGGCCAGUCUGACUGGAGCUCCUCAGGAUCUGACUGCAGCUCUGGGACUCUGCCACAGACAUGAACUGAGACCUGACCUGCUCCAACCUGGAUAGAUCAGAGACUACAGAGGCUGCAGAGGAAAUCAUCUCCCCCAAAGUUGGAUGUUUUGCUUUGAGGCUUUGCUGGGAAGUGUUACUGACUUCUGCAAGGCUGCAAUUACCAGACUGGAAUAAUGUCCAUGGACUGGCGUGGAGGUGAAAGGCUGCUUAUAGGCUUGUUUGUGAUGCUUAUCCUGAGGCUCAGCUGCUGUGCUGGACAGAGCUAUGAACGCUGGGAGGCCGGGUCCUCAUGCUAUGGAGGGUUUGACCUCUACUUUGUGCUGGACAAGUCUGGAAGUGUACAGCACCACUGGAAUGAAAUCUACUAUUUUGUGGAUCACCUUGCACACAAGUUCAUCAGCCCCCAGCUCCGCAUGUCCUUCAUAGUCUUUUCAACGGAGGGAAGAAUCUUGAUGAAGCUGACAGAAGACAGGGAUCAGAUUCGUGCUGGACUGGAGGAACUUCAGAGAGUCUUGCCAGGUGGAGAUACCUUCAUGCACAAAGGUUUUCAGAAGGCAAGUGAGCAGAUAUACUACGGAACAGGUGACGGUCACCACAAUCUUGAUCUUUCGCUGGCAACAAUAGCUGACAGCAAAGAUCACGUCUUUCCUGUUAAUGAUGGCUUUGAAGCCCUGCGAGGGGUCAUUGAUUCGAUCCUGAAGAGAUCCUGUAUAGAAAUCCUCGCCGUGGAGCCCUCAAGUAUUUGUGCAGGAGAAUCUUUUGAGGUGGUAGUUCGAGGGAACGGAUUCCUUCACGCCCGUGAUGUGAACAGAAUCCUUUGCAGUUUCCGUAUCAACAACACCCUCACCGUGAUGAAGAGGCCUCUGGUUGUCGAAGACACGUACCUGCUCUGCCCAGCACCGGUACUGAAGGAGGAGGGAACGACUGCCUCCCUUCAUGUCAGUAUGAACAACGGCCUGAGUUUUAUCUCCAGUUCUGUGACCAUCACCACUGUCAGCUGUACCGACGGAACGUUCUUGGCCAUAGCGCUGCUGAUACUGCUGCUGCUGAUCACUAUGGCGACACUCUGGUGGUUUUGGCCCCUCUGUUGCACAGUGAUUGUCCAUGAGCCACCGCCACCAGUCAUGGACGACAGUUCGGAUGAAGAGGAUGAAGCCUACCCAAAGAAGAAAUGGCCGACAGUGGACGCCUCGUAUUAUGGUGGGAGAGGAGUUGGCGGUAUCAAAAGAAUGGAAGUGCGCUGGGGAGACAAGGGAUCCACUGAAGAAGGAGCCAAACUGGAGAAGGCAAAGAAUGCUCGGGUGAAGAUGCCAGAGCAAGAGUUUGAGUUUCCGACCAGUGGGACCCUAAACAAUGGCAUGCGGAAACCCAUCUCUCCUCAGAAGUGGUACUCGCCAAUCAAGGGGAAACUGGAUGCCCUGUGGGUGUGGCUUAGGAGAGGAUAUGACCUCGUAUCUGUGAUGAGACCUCAGCCGGGAGAGAAGGGUCGCUGCAUGAAAUUUACCCGUGUGAAAUCCUGCCCGCCCCCUCGAUACCCGCUUUACAACAACCCGUCGAGCCACAUCUACAGCCUCCCCCACAGCAGAUGCCCUCCUGUCCCGCAGGGCACCCUGCCGCCCACCCCGUGCUGCUCCGCCCACUCUCCAACCUCCACCCUGCCCCCUCUGCCGUCAACCCCGCCCCCAACAUCCAUAACCCCUCCCCCUUACACACCACCUCCAACCAGAGCUCUUCCUGCUACCUGUCUGAACAUCAAUGUGACUCUGCCUCCUUCUCCACCCACACCGCCGCGAGCAACAAGCUUCCUGCCGCCCUCAUCAACCAGCACCUUGCCUCCGCCCCCUCAGGCAGCUCCGCCCGGACGAGCCCCGCCCCCUUCUCGUCCACCGCCUCGCCCAGGCCCUGAUGAACCACAGUGCUACCAGGACUGAGUAGAUCUAUCCAAGUGAUUUGCACAAGAAAAACUGCUGGUUACGCCGGUACAAAAAUUAAGUGCUACACUUUUCAGGCAUUACAAAGGAGCAACGUGAUUGUUAUAAAUGACAAUGGUUGCAAAUGGGAUUUAACGUGGCAGUGACUGUAUUAUUGCAUACUGGAUUCUGAUUAGGUUGACAAACAUUCUAAGGCGUUAAUUUUCUAAAACUGCACAUCUAUGAAGUAGCUCGAGGUUUGUUGACUUUCAAUAUCACCUUGCCUUGUUCUUUAUUAAUUGUUUUGAGGUUUCAAAUGAACAGAAUGUCAAAGAGAGUCAGAUGAAAAAAAUCAAAGAGAUAAUAAAUUAUAAGCAUUUGGAGUUUUUAAAAUGAAAAAUUUAUUUGAUUUGCAUAGAAAAUUUCCAUCCAUUUGGAUUACACAGUUCACAUGAACAAACAAAUAAACUUAAUGCGUUGCAUAUUCGUCAGUCACUCAAAAACAGGUAGGAUUUUUGCAAUAGUACUAAUAAACUGAAUGAGUUUACACAAUAGCCAGGUUUAUAUAUUUAUCAUCAAUAAAUCAAUCUCACACAUUUUAAUUAUUCGAAUAUUGCUUGUUGCACAGCUAGCUGUAUUUCAACCAUUCUUAAGUGAAUGAACUGAAUUGUUUUAUGCC